AGAGAGAGAGAGGGAGUGAGGGAGGGAGAGAGAGAGAGAGAGAGAGAGAGAGGGAGAGAGGGAGUGAGGGAGAGAGAGAGACGGCUUUCAGAGUUUCCUCAGCUGCUUCCUGGAGGCCGAGGCAGGCAUGGCGUCGGAGCCCAGCACCCAGUCCCGGGUGGUGUUCCAAACCCCUGACAAGGACGAGGAGCCCCCCCAUCGCAAGCUGGGCAAGCUGACGGUCAAGUACAACCGCAAGGACCUGCAGAGGAGGCUGGACAUCGAGGAGUGGAUCGACGGGCAGCUGCACCUGCUGUAUGACUGUGAGGAGGAGGAGAUUCCAGAGUUAGAGAUUGAUAUAGACGAGCUACUGGAGCUUCCAGACGCAGAGCAAAGAUCAAAAUUGCAGGAACUUCUUCAAGAGUGUGGCAAGCCAAAAGAGGACUUUAUCAACGGGCUGCUGUAUCGAAUGAAGGGUCUCCGCAAGAUGUCAGGGCCACUGAAGAAAUGAGAGAAGCUCCAGGUUCAGUACAAUGUGAAGGCUUCCCCACCACCUGCACUUGGAACCAGGACAUCCAUAUGUUAACAGAACUAAUGACGGGAUGUCCUGACUCCCUUUCAUCACACAAAUGGGUCAACAAGGCACUGUAUGUGGCAGCCCGAGUUUGGACUGACUUUUGAACAUGAAGGACAGUUUUGGCAUUUUGAAUCCACACCAACCACACAGGUGAUUUUUAUUUUUUUUGUGACUUAAAAGUAUGUUGUUUUGUCUGUUAAAAUACCCACACAAAACACCUUUUUAACCCGGUGAAAGAAUGUAAAAUUUGGUUUCCUAUUUAUAUAUUUUUGGUUCUGAGGAUAGUGUUGUACAAUGUAUUAAUAAAAAAGGAAGGUUUUCAUGUCAGUAAA